AUGGCCAACAGAUUUGUGCCUCUUCUAAAGAAACUCCUCUCCCUCAGCCGCCACUCUCACCGAAUGGUCACCUACAUGCCUCGUCCUGGGGAUGGUGCUCCACAUGCUGUCACCUCGAUUCUCGGCAACGAAAUUGUUCCUCACGUCAACGACGCUCUUGAUUGUCGGAAGGGGAGAGAAAAGACGGAGGGAGAUCGAUCGGAUACUGCCGGCGAAUGA